AUGGCAGGCAAGAGCAGCGGCAGCGACGACAAAUCUAUAUGGCGUCCGCUGGCACACAAGCUGUCGAGCUUCUUCCCUCGCCUGCGCUCCAGCAAAUCAAGGGCCAAAAUCAAUGCCAACGCGUCGGAUAAAUCCCCUCAGCCCAGUCCCACGCGUUUCCAGCCGCUUGAGGUCCAGUCCAAUGCUCUAGAAGGUCUGCAUCUGCCGAAUGGCUGGCUUGUCAAUCCUGCAAACGCCGACAAGCAGCGCCAAAGGCUGUCGUCGCCCAUCGACACGUGUCCAGGUGGCCUGGAUGCCCUUCACUUAGAUUCCCCGGAUAUUCAUCCUUUGGUGCUGCAAAAGGUCACUGAGAUCCACCAGUAUGAGCACCAUGAGGGUGCUGCGCCGUUGACCGAGGAUGAGAAGGUGAAAGCUCGACAAUCAGCAUUGACAACUCUGACUACACCGGAAACCUCGGCGCCAAGUGUUCUGGAUCGUGGACGACCUGUUGAAGCUAGACAUUUGAUACCCCAGCCCAAAAAUGUCAAGCACAACCGAAAAUCACUACCACUGGAGUGGGAGAUGGUCAGCCGAGUUUCUCUUGAUAGCCACGCCUCAAACUCACUGCAUCCUACCCCCAUGAGCCCCGGAACAAAUACCGAGGCGAACGCUUCUUCACAGAUUAAAGAACUAUCCACCUGGGCUGCAGCUCACAGGAGGCGUUCUACCAUCCGAGAAGUGAAUACGACCUCGCCCACCACAGAUUCUUUCCCAGCAGCAAACGCUGCGCCAGCCCCCAUGACGUUACAAAUUCCAAUCAACGGCCAGUCACUUCUGAAAAGGCAUUCUUAUCAAGAUACUCCCUCAAUGGUAUCUACUAGCGCACCCACCGCCAAUACCUCAGCACCACGCUCAAUCUCAGCCACCAGGAAGCAACCGGGCUCAGUGAGCGACCGCAUGAGCUGGAUCAAGGCUCUGGAAGAGAAGAGCAGCAAACCCAACAAAGACCUAGCAUCACUACCUAAACGGGCUGGCUCCGUUUCUGACAAACUCGCCAUGUUUGAGAGGAGAGGAGUGUCGGUUGCUUCCUCUAAGCAUUUAUACCCCCCCACGAGAACCAACUCCAGCAGUCACCUUUCAGCAACCGGUCGGGAGUCUCUUUUCUCAGCCGACAGCAGCACCGCCGCGCCAUCUCCCCGCACAUCUGUGGACACUGCGCGGACAAACAACAGAGCGCCUUCAGUUAUGAGUUAUUACGACGAAUCGUUCCGGGAGAAGCUUGAACUACUCGUCAAGCAAGAGUCUGAAGAAAAUAAGACUAACGGACAGGCUCCCUCACAGGCUCCUUCUUCUGUUGUUCGGGAAUAA